GAGCGAUAACGCACUCGUGCAAUACCUAUGUAAAUAUGAUUCUACUGCAAAAAUUCCACUGUAGCAAAUGUUUCAGUUACACAAAUGCUCAAUCGUGUUUUAACUGCGUCUGCAGUGUUACGCUUGGCCGAAUGCAGGUAGGCUGCGACGCAGAUGGCACUGCUACUGCUGUCAAAGUUGAGCACCUGACGGUGGUGUCUACAUUGUGCUGCAGCGCCCAAAAGGUUAUUUUUCAAACGCUGGCCGUGCCGGCAAGAAGAGGCAGAAAUAGCAGCAGCUACACACAGGCAAGUGAAUCCCAUGUAAGAUGUGCACGAUUAAAUAGGAAAAUUAUUGUGAUUGAAGCUAUAAGGGAAAUCUAAGGCUGAGAACUAAAACGUCUACCGAUGCGCACAAAAUUGCUAGUGUCUAAAAUCGAAACGGAAUGAAACCCAAGCAAAGGCCAACUGCUGCUACUGGUGCUGCUGCCUCUUCCACUGUAGCAACCGUUGUCGGCCUCAGUCGUCUGACAUUCGUUAGGCAGCGAAGCAAAGAGGAAGAGACCAGAUUAAAACUGCUCCAGACGCAGCCGCAGCUGAUAUGUGAACGUGAACGGAAGCAUGAGGCGGCCAGGAGAGAGAGRGAAGCGCAGGCACUCCAGAAACGUGCUGUCCCAUUAAGGCGUCCAACAAUAACACCAACGGCGCCGAAAUCGAAACCAACACCGAAGCCACCGCCAAAGCCACCGGCGAACCCGAUGAUGAAGUCGACGCCGACAAUGAAACAGACGCCAAAGUCGAUACUGAAGCCGACGCCGAAGCCAGCGCAGAAGCCGACGCCGAAGCCAACGCAGAAGCCGACGCCAGCGCCGAGGCUGACAUCAACGAUACUGCGCUCAACGCCCAAGCCCAGCUAUGACAAAGGUAAACAUAAGGCUCCUGGAGUACGCAGCCAGACAGGCACACAGCUCCACACACAAGCUGCUGGAGACGCAAACGUAGCCAUUGGUCAACACGCUGGCUCCGGCUCUGACAAGGACUCGGACUCCGAGGAUGAGGAGACAACAAAGCUGCGUCGGCAGCUGAAGAAUUUUUCACAGCUGUCCCAGUUGGAAUUCGAGCGAGAGUUUCGUCAGUGGUUGGCACAGGAGGGCAUCGAAAAUAGAAUGCACACGCACUUGCGCAUGGAGCUUAUCAAUAGCUUUAACAGCAGCUCGCUUGGCAAGCUGCUGACUCGACUGUCGUCGACCUCCGUACAGGUGAGCCAGCAGCAGAACUUCCUACUGCUGUCGCCCUUGGGCUUGGCUCUGCACACGCUCGUCGCGGAGUUUCUCUAUGAGCAGAAUUGCCAUUACACACUCACCGUUUACAGCAGCGAGAUGCCGCACCGCCAUGCACUGCCCAACUUUGAAAACAGCGUCCGGUUUCGCUUCAGUAAGCAGGAGCGGCAACAGCUGCUCUCUGCAGUGCUUGGCGAAACGCAGCGGGAGCCUCAGCCGCAGCUAGAACUCGAGCAAACAGUGCAUAAGACCUACGACACAACGCAUCAAUCGCUGCUGUUCGCGCUGGUUCAGAGCUUGGUAGGUGCGCGCCGCAUGGUUUUGCAACAGGUCAGCGAGUCCACGAUGACACCAACGGCAGGCCAAUCGGAGGAGAGCACGCAAACAGAGCCGGUAGCAUGUUUUUCGUGCAGCCCGGAUGUAGAUACUACUGGGCUGUACCAGGCCGAAGAGCUGAUUGUGGCCGUCGAUGGACGCACUGUCUUCAUGGGAGAGUGCAUCUCACAGUCGCUGAAUGGCGUGGACGAGCAGCUGUCGAAGCUAAUGCGCUUUAUUGAUGCGCUCUGCAAAUCUUGUGCGCCGCCCAUCGAGGUCAUCUCCAGAAAGGCGUUUGACCAGCUGCUGAAGAAGGAAAUGCUGGAACGUCAGCGCCUCCAGGGUAUGGGAAAAGUACUGGGGGCCGGGGAGAUGGCCGUAGAGCUGCCCGAGCUGCCACAGGAGCCAGAACAGGAAGAGCUAGAGGCGGACGAGGACAAAAACACUGUGGAGUCCCCGGUUGGCCCCAUUCAACUGCCGGCGGACUUGCCGUCUGUGCCAAAGCUGCCACACUUACAUGUGGAGCAAGUGGGUAGCCUGGCGACGGUACAGCAGAUUUUGCAGAAAUACCAACAGCAGACUCCUCAGGACUCCAGCACACAGGUCUGUAUGCACUCAAAGCUAGAUAGACUUGGGGUAAUGGUAGGUGAGCUCGCGAGCUGUGUGCAGUCGCUGAGUAAUGUGCUCAACCUGGCUAUGGAGCAGGAGUAUACCGUGGGCAUGCGUAAGGGCUUCCAGCAGGGCUAUCGCGAGGGCUUCUCCCAUGGGCACUACAUGGGCGUCCAGGAGGGUAUGAAGUGGCAGCGUCAACAGAGGCUUAAGGACAGGUCGUCACAAACCAAAAAACCGCCACCACCGCGCAGAGUGCACACAAGUACGACUCAAACGGAAAGCGCGCAGCAGCGGCACGCAGCCACCAGUCCGAGGCGCAGAGCGCAGAGAGGCUCCCGGGAUGUCGCUAGCCAAACAGCCCCAUGUCCUCCCGAAACAGCUGUGGCUUCGCGCAGCUACGAGCAGUGGAUCUAUGAGAUGCUGCACAGUCGCAGCGGUCUGAUCUUUCUGGAACGUGUCGAGCUGUCGCUAAACAAGGCACUGGAGCAGCAGAAGCACCGUCUGGAUGAGCUCUUCGAAGUAAAGAUGCGGCAUCAUGCUGAGCUGAUGCGCCUCAGUCGCAGGCAAAACUCCUGGCGUACGCUCUGCCGACAUGUGGAGCGCGACUCACAGUCCACGGAAGCACGUGAGCUGGUGCAAAAGAUAUUCCGGCUGCUCGAGCGCUACGAGGCACACCAUCGGCUGAUUGCGGAGAAGAUACAGCAAACGGAACUGGCCGCCGAGCAAACGGCACGCAUUCAGCCUGUGUGGACUGAUGAAGAAGCCAACGAAGUGAAUACUGAAUACAGCCGCCCUGCUACGUCCACGACUAGCUCUCAUCCUGCGCCUCUUCAUAAUCUACCAGACUUGAGUGUUGAUAAUACUGCUGCUUCUGCUGCUCCUACUGUUCCUACUGCGCCUGGUGUUUCUCCUGCGCCUGGUGUUUCUCCUGCGCCUGGUGCUUCUCCUGCUCUUGCUGCUUCUACUUCCUCUGAACCUAUCUCAGCUCCUGCUCAUCCAGAUAAAGCAGUACAGAACAAUGUUGCCACUAACACCUGUAGCAAGAGCAGGUCACAUACAGCCGACGCCAGACCACAAGAUAUGUCCAGUUUCAAUGAAGCACUACUUAGCGCCAAAAAUCGGAUGCUGCAGCUAGAGCAAGAGAGCGAUCUGCUAGAGCAGAGUUUCCUGGACUAUCUGGACCGUGCGCGUGUCCAGAAACAGAAGAUCAACAUACGUGCCAGCUGUGCCAGCGAGCGCCAGCAGAUCCAUCGCACCUUGGAAAACUUUCGCGAGUGGCAGCGUCGCAUACGCUGUGACGAUGUCAACCUGACUGCGGCGUUGCCAUCUGCACCUUCGCCCAUUACCAGCAGCUCAGAAAUGGACCAAGAGAGCUAUCAGUUCACCAAUGCCAUUGCCGUGGCCAGGCGUAAGCUUUUCUCCGAGCUUCAGUCAACUUCAGGGACAGCAACGGGAGCAAUGACGUCAGCAGCACCAGCAUCAAUAGUGUCUCCAGAGCUGGAUCUGGAAGCACCAGCGCUGGUGAGUGAGCGAAUAGCUAUAGCUACCCAGGUGCAGAACGAGACGCAGCAUCUGAUGAGCCGCGUAGAGGCGACACUGGCGCGAGUCUGUAAGCCCGGCAGCCUGCAGCUGUUAACCGCCGAAGCGCAGCUUGGGAAAGCACUGGGAACAGAUCUAGCCAUUAGCAGCAGCAGCAGCAGUAGCAGCAGCAGCAGCAGCAGCAACAGUAACAGCGACAGCGGCACUGACGUUGACAUCAAGCACACGCGUAUAGUGCAGCUGAAGAAGGAGAAAAUGACAGCGACAGAAAUAGUUACAGAGACAGCAGAAGCAAAAGCAGCAGCGUCGGCAGAAAUUGUAAUAGCAACAGUAGAAACUAUUGUAUCAGCCAUGCCCAACAUCAGCAACAAUAACAACAACACGAGCAACCUCAGCGACAUUUUGAAAAUUCCCAAAUUCUGUGGACGUUUUCGUAAAAUGCAACAACAGCAACAGGAGUCAGAUGCUAACAGCUCUGCACAAAGCAGCCCCCCAGCAACAACAGCAGCAACUGCAUUAACAGCACGACAACAGCGCAAACUCAGCUCGAUGGAGCCAUCGAUGGACGAUGCUCUAGCCAUCGGCACACAAAUGACGCGCAAAUUCGCUGAGCGCUGUCAUUGCCUGAUCGGCCAACUGCAAGCCAGCCGCCUGUACACAAUCCUGACGCGUACGACGCAACCGGCGCAUUUUAUAGCCAUUUGCAUAUUAUCCUUUGUGCUACUGACCGUUGGACCCGAUCUCACAACGACUACAACGACAAUGCACAGCAGCCCGUUGGCAACGGCAGCGACACAUGCAACAACACCAACAACGACGCAGACGCGCAAUGCUAACGACAUGGCCGCCCCAAUGGGAGGCAGCACGCUGGCAACCUUAGCAUAUCUGGGCGCGUUCGCCACACACUUUGGCUCACAAAUCUGGAUGACCUUUGUCUCUGCGUUCGCCACACGCUUGUUCUCCGUGCUCCGUUUUGAAAGCGUUAUUCAUGAAUUCGAUCCAUAUUUUAAUUACCGCACCACGCGGUUCCUGGCCGAGCAAGGCUUUUACAAAUUUCACAAUUGGUUCGAUGAUCGCGCCUGGUAUCCGCUGGGCCGCAUCAUCGGCGGCACCAUUUACCCUGGAUUGAUGGUUACCUCGGCGGCCCUAUAUAGGCUUAUGUGGAUGCUAAACAUAACAAUUGACAUACGUAAUGUCUGCGUAUUUUUGGCACCGUUCUUCUCUUCCCUCACGACCCUUGUCACCUAUGCACUGACCAAGGAAAUACACAGCACAGGUGCAGGUUUGGUUGCCGCAGCUCUUAUAUCGAUCGUACCGGGCUACAUAUCGCGUUCCGUGGCUGGUUCCUAUGAUAACGAAGGCAUUGCUAUAUUCUGCAUGCUCUUCACCUAUUAUCUGUGGAUCAAGGCCGUGAAAACAGGCACCAUAUUUUGGUCGGCAAUGUCAGCGCUUGCAUAUUUCUACAUGGUGUCAUCGUGGGGUGGUUAUGUAUUCCUCAUCAAUCUGAUCCCGCUCCACGUGAUUGCCCUGAUGUUUACUGGACGUUUUUCGCACCGCAUUUACAUCGCAUAUAGUACUCUAUAUUGCGUUGGCACUAUUCUAUCCAUGCAGAUUUCGUUUGUCGGCUUUCAGCCCAUUCAGAGCUCUGAACACAUGUUGGCAUUGGGUGUGUUCGGUCUGUGCCAGAUACAUGCUUUUGUGGACUAUCUACGCUCGCGCAUGCCUAAGGAUCACUUUGAAAUUCUUUUCAAAACACUGGUUUCGAGUGUGAUAAGUCUGGCAUUGAUUAUUGGAACCGUGUUGACAAUAACGGGUAAGGUGUCGCCUUGGACGGGUCGCUUUUACUCGUUGCUGGAUCCAUCUUAUGCCAAGAAUCACAUUCCAAUUAUUGCGUCCGUGUCGGAGCAUCAGCCCACAUCUUGGUCAUCAUUCUACUUCGAUCUGCAGAUUCUUGUCUUUCUAUUUCCCGCUGGCCUCUAUUUCUGUUUCGCACGGUUAACAGAUUCCAAUAUCUUUAUAAUUUUGUAUGGCGUAACCAGCAUUUACUUCGCUGGCGUCAUGGUGCGUCUAAUGCUUGUGUUGGCGCCCGUGAUGUGUGUUCUGUCGGGCAUUGCCAUAUCCCAUCUGCUGGCCAAGUACAUCAAGAGUGUGGACGCAGGUGGCACAAAGCUGGCAGCAGAAAGCAAAAGACAGCACAAGAAACUGGAACAGCAAACUGGUGGCGUCAAGAGUGAGGUGGCCAUUGGAUUUGUUUCCAUAAUAACGUUGAUGCUUAUCGUCUAUACGGUCCACUGUACAUGGGUCACCUCUGAGGCCUACUCCUCGCCAAGCAUUGUGCUCAGCGCGCGCUCGCACGACGGCGGCCGCAUCAUCUUUGACGACUUCCGCGAGGCUUAUUACUGGCUGCAAAUGAAUACGCCUGAAGAAGCGCGCAUCAUGUCCUGGUGGGAUUACGGCUAUCAAAUAACAGCAAUGGCGAAUAGAACGAUAUUAGUUGACAACAACACCUGGAACAAUACGCACAUCUCUCGUGUGGGUCAGGCAAUGGCCUCAUCUGAAGAGAAGGCAUAUGAAAUUAUGCGUGAACUGGACGUUGACUAUGUGCUUGUCAUAUUCGGUGGACUGACGGGUUACUCGUCCGACGAUAUCAACAAAUUCCUAUGGAUGGUGCGUAUUGGCGGCAGCACCGAUCGUGGCGCGCAUAUCAAAGAGAAGGACUACUAUGCGGCCAAUGGCGAGUUCCGCGUCGAUAAAGAGGGCUCCCCCACUCUGCUGAAUUGCCUCAUGUACAAGAUGUGCUAUUAUCGGUUCGGGCAAAUGUAUACAGAGGGCGGCAAAGCGCAGGGAUAUGAUCGCGUGCGCGCCGCUGAGAUCGGCAACAAGGACUUUGAGCUGGAUGUACUCGAAGAGGCUUAUACAACUGAGCAUUGGCUAGUGCGCAUUUACAAAGUGAAGGACUUGCCAAAUCGAGGUGUCUAAGCAGUUACGAGUGCUCUCUUGCUCACUGUCUCGCUCGCACACACUGUCCCUUUCCUUUUCUAUGUCUCUCUAACAUAUUCGCAUGCAUUCUUCGAUCGAUAGACGUCUAUUUAAAAACAUUCUGUAAUUUGUACAUUCAUUAAGCAUAGCUUUAAUUUUA